AUGAACGAAGUGUCAGUCGUGAAGGAGGGCUGGCUGCACAAGAGAGGGGAAUACAUCAAAACAUGGCUUCCUCGGUAUUUCCUGCUGGAAAGUGAUGGCUCCUUCAUUGGCUACAAAGAACGGCCAGAGACAUCUGACCACAGUUUGCCACCUCUGAAUAACUUCUCGGUAGCAGAGUGCCAGCUGAUGAAGACUGAGCGGCCUCGUCCCAACACCUUUGUCAUCCGAUGCUUGCAGUGGACGACGGUCAUAGAGAGGACCUUCCAUGUGGACUCUCCUGAAAAGCGCGAGGAGUGGAUGCGAGCCAUCCAGACGGUAGCAAACAGCCUGAAGAACCAGGAACCAGAGUCAGACACGAUGGAUUACAAGUGUGGAUCUCCUAACGACAGCACCAGCGCUGAGGAGAUGGAGGUGGCCGUCAGCAAAACCCGCGCCAAGGCUACCAUGAAUGAUUUCGACUACCUGAAGCUCCUGGGAAAGGGCACCUUCGGCAAAGUCAUCUUGGUGCGGGAAAAGGCCACCGGCCGCUAUUACGCCAUGAAAAUCCUACGCAAAGAGGUCAUCAUUGCGAAAGAUGAGGUGGCACACACUGUUACAGAGAGCCGGGUGCUGCAGAACACCAGGCACCCCUUCCUCACUGCUCUGAAAUAUGCCUUUCAGACAAAUGACCGGCUGUGCUUCGUCAUGGAGUACGCCAACGGCGGAGAGCUGUUUUUCCACCUCUCAAGAGAACGUGUCUUCACAGAGGACCGAGCCCGUUUCUACGGCGCAGAAAUAGUCUCUGCGCUGGAGUACCUGCACUCCCGGGACGUGGUGUACAGGGAUAUUAAGCUGGAAAACCUCAUGCUGGACAAAGAUGGCCACAUCAAAAUCACCGACUUCGGGCUCUGCAAGGAAGGCAUCACAGAUGGAGCCACCAUGAAGACCUUCUGCGGCACUCCUGAGUACCUGGCCCCAGAGGUCCUGGAGGACAACGAUUACGGCCGUGCUGUGGACUGGUGGGGCCUGGGGGUCGUCAUGUACGAGAUGAUGUGUGGUCGCCUCCCCUUCUACAACCAGGACCAUGAACGCCUCUUUGAGCUGAUCCUCAUGGAGGAGAUCCGCUUCCCUCGUACCCUCAGCCCCGAUGCCAAAUCCUUGCUGGCCGGGCUGCUCAAGAAGGAUCCCAAACAGAGGCUUGGCGGAGGUCCCAACGAUGCCAAGGAGGUGAUGGAGCAUCGCUUUUUCACCCCCAUCAACUGGCAGGAUGUGGUUCAGAAGAAGCUGGUGCCACCAUUCAAGCCCCAAGUGACGUCUGAGAUUGACACACGGUAUUUUGAUGAUGAGUUCACUGCCCAGUCCAUCACCAUCACCCCACCGGAUCGCUAUGACAACAUGGGCUCCCUGGAGAAUGACCAGCGGACACACUUCCCCCAGUUCUCCUACUCUGCCAGCAUACGGGAGUAA